CUAAAUAUGGUGCCCUCUGUAAGAAAGCAUUCUGGGAAAUCUGGGAAACCAUCUGUGGAGGAUCAGCUUGUAAGAGCUUUUGACUUUGAAAAAGAAGAUAAAGAACUGAGUGGUUCAGAAGAGGAUGUUUCUGAAGGGAAGACCCCAGCAAUUGAUAAGCGUGUGAAGAAAAGGCCUUCUGUAGGAAUAGUUGAAGAUAUGGGGGGUGAAGUACAGAAUAUGCUGGAAAAAUUUGGAGCUGACAUUAACAAAGCUCUUCUUGCCAAGAGAAAAAGACUAGAAAUGUAUACCAAGGCUUCUUUCAAAACUAGUAACCAGAAAAUUGAACAUGUUUGGAAAACACAACAGGAGCAAAGGCAGAAGCUGAACCAAGAAUAUUCUCAGCAGUUUAUGACUCUGUUUCAGCAGUGGGAUAUAGAUUUGCAGAAAGCUGAGGAACAAGAAGAAAAACUAGCUAAUAUGUUUCGACAACAACAAAAGGUUUUUCAACAAUCUAGAAUUGUUCAGAACCAAAGACUGAAAACAAUUAGACAAUUAUAUGAGCAGUUUGUAAAGAGUUUGGAAGACUUGGAGAAGAAUCAUGAUAAUCUACUUACUGGUACACAAAGUGAACUUAAAAAAGAAAUGGCUAUGUUGCAAAAAAAAAUUAUGAUGGAAACUCAGCAGCAAGAGAUGGCAAGUGUUCGAAAGUCUCUUCAAUCCAUGUUAUUCUGAUGACUCUUUGAAGAAAGAACUUGAACCUAAGUAAUAUGAUACAAUUAUAAGAUUAGCUAAAAGGCAUGUAAGUCUUUAGAGUAGUUCAGAAAUUCAAGUUUAAAUGAAAACAUGUUUAAUCAUUAGCUUAUUUAAGUGCAAGUCCUCCCUGUGAACUUCCAAAAUUGCAACCGUUAUGUGAAGUAGCUGCUAUUCCUAAAUUAUAUGUAUCAAGCUUUCAGCUCUCAAGUUGUAAUUGUGAAUUUUUCUAACACUGUCAGUUACUUUUAUUAAUAUUAAUAAAGAUACUUAAUUUGAAUUUAGGUUUUGGCUUCAGUAUAUUUGUCAAUUCUAAAUGUACAAAGUAUAAGUAUAAAAGAUUACUUUUUUUUUUUUUUGAGGUCUUGCUCUGUUGUCCAGCUUGUAUCAAACUCCUGGGUACAUGUGUUCCUUUCCCACUUAACCUGAAUUAGCUGGGACUACAGGCAUA